GAAUAUUUUGAAAUUUCUAAUUCGAGAAGAAAUCAAUCCUUUAAAUUACCCCUUCCAUGCACAUUUUUGGGAUUAUUGAUUUUGGGUUUUCGAGAACUGUACUCAGGUAGCUAGGGACUGAUGAAGAAGGAAGAACAGGCCCGUAGUUUGUUUGGAAUUUCUCUGUCGGACAGACCCAGAUGGCAACAAUUCCUCAUUUGUUCUUCUGGGUUUUUCUUUGGUUAUCUCGUUAACGGAAUCUGUGAGGAAUAUGUAUAUAACAGGUUACAAUUCAGCUAUGGCUGGUACUUCACGUUUGUUCAAGGAUUUGUUUACUUGUUUCUAAUUUACCUGCAAGGCUUCACAAGCAAGCAAAUGGUGAAUCCAUGGAAAACCUAUGUGAAGCUUUCUGCUGUACUGAUGGCUUCCCAUGGCCUCACAAAGGGGUCACUGGCUUUUCUGAACUACCCUGCACAGAUCAUGUUUAAAUCCACAAAGGUUCUGCCCGUGAUGAUAAUGGGUGCUUUCAUACCAGGCCUGAGACGAAAAUAUCCAUUUCAUGAAUAUGUAUCUGCAGUACUCUUGGUUGUGGGUUUGAUCCUUUUCACGCUAGCAGAUGCGCAAACAUCUCCAAAUUUCAGCGUCAUUGGCAUUAUGAUGAUAUCUGGAGCUUUGGUCAUGGACUCUUUUCUGGGAAAUUUGCAAGAAGCAAUCUUUACUAUGAACCCUGAAACUACACAGAUGGAGAUGCUUUUCUGCUCUACUGUAGUGGGAUUACCUUUUUUAAUCCCACCCAUGCUUUUCACAGGAGAAUUAUUCAAAGCUUGGAGUUCAUGCUCUCAGCAUCUAUAUGUGUAUGGUGUGCUAGUGUUUGAAGCGAUGGCCACAUAUAUCGGCCAAGUCUCUGUGCUUUCCCUUAUUGCCAUUUUUGGUGCCGCCACCACAGCCAUGAUAACAACAGCAAGAAAGGCGAUGACGUUGCUACUAUCAUACAUGAUAUUCACAAAGCCAAUAACAGAGCAACAUGGAAGUGGCCUCUUACUUAUAGCCAUGGGAAUCAUAUUGAAGAUGGUGCCUUCUUAUGAUAACAAGCCUUCCAAUAAGAGAGCCUCAACCUCUCCUUCCACUGCCGUUGUGACAAAGCCACAUGGUAAUGAACAAGAAUUAAGGGUCCAUUCUUCUGAGGAUGUCGGAGAAGAUGAAGAAAGCAGGCCAUUAGUCUAGCAUGCAUAUAUAAAUCCUCUUAUGUUAUGGUCUUUAUGAUUCUUUCUUUGACUUCGAUCUGUGCCCAUUUACUGUUUUUACUCAGUUGAAUGGAAGUUGAAUGUUGCUUGGUC